AUCUCCUUUGUCCGCCCCAGCGGCGAGGAGUCGGAAAUCUCGCGGAAGCCACAGGGUCCGCGAUGGAGCCGACUUUGAGAUCGGCCGCUGUGAAGGGGGACACGAGAGAAAAGGAACAACUCCGGAAACUCUUUAUUGGUCGCUUGAGCUCCGAAACCACAGAAGAAAGUCUGAGGAACUACUACCAGCAGUGGGGGAACCUUGCAGACUGCGUGGUAAUGAGGGAUCCUGCAAGCAAACGAUCCAGAGGAUUUGGUUUCGUGACCUUCUCCUCCACGGCCGAGGUCGAUGCCGCCAUGGCUGCCAGACCCCAUUCAAUUGAUGGGAGAGUGGUGGACCCCAAACGUGCUAUUGCAAGAGGGGAGUCUGGAAAGCCGGGGGCUCAUGCAGCGGUCAAGAAGCUGUUUGUUGGUGGAAUUAAGGAAGAUACCGAGGAACAUCAUCUUAGGGAUUACUUUGAGAAAUACGGAAAAAUUGAUAGCAUUGAGAUAAUUACUGAUAGGUGGUCUAGAAAGAAAAGAGGCUUUGGAUUUGUUACUUUUGAUGACCAUGACCCCGUGGAUAAGAUUGUGUUGCAGAAACACCACACCAUCAAUGGUCAUCAUGUGGAAGUAGGCAAGGCUUUGUCUAGACAAGAAAUGCAGGAAAUCCAAAGUUCUAAAAGUGGAAGAGGAGGUAAUUUUGGUUUUGGAGAUUCUCCUGGUGGUGAUGGAAAUUUUGGACCAGGACAAGGAAGGAAUUUUAGAGGAGGGUUUGAUGGACAUGGAAGUGGUCCUGGAUUUAGGGAUGGUUAUUAUGGUUAUGGAGGAGGACCUGGAGGUGGGAGUUUUGGAGGUAUCCCCGGCAGUGGAGGAGGAGGACAUGGUGGUGGAGGACCUGGAUAUGACAACCAGGUUGGGGGCUCUGGAGGUGGUUCUGACAGCUAUGGAGGUGAAAGUUACGGAAGUGGGAAUUACAGUGAUUUUGGGAAUUAUAACCAGCAACCUUGUAAUUACGGUCCAAUGAAGAAUGGGAACUUUGGUGUUGGCAGGAACAUGAGGGGACCAUAUGGUGGAGGAAGUGAGGGUUAUGGAGGGAGAAGUGCAUAUUGAGCUUCUUCCUAUUUGCCAUGGGCUUCAGUGUAUUAAUAGGAGAGGAUGAGAGCCCAGAGGUCACAGAACGGCUUCAGGUUAUGGAAACAACCAUGUUAAGGCAACACAUCUCACUCAUGCAUAAUUAUGCGGUGAUGUAGCAGAAGACACAAAAGCAGAUGCAGAGAGGCAUUUUGUGAAUGGGUUGGAUUAUUUAAUAACAUUACCUGACCGAGGAGGAAAGAUUGUUAGAAAAAAAUGCCAUUGUGACAGUUUCUUAGGCUCUUAAUUGUUUCUUUCUAGGAGUCUCUGUAAGAAGGUAGAAGCAUUCUUC